GAGAUAUAGCAACAGUCGCUGUUUGGGUGGUGGUGGUGGAGGAGGUAGUGGUGACCUAAAGAUCGAUCAUGGCCCGUGGACAGCAAAAGAUUCAAUCUCAGCAGAAGAAUGCAAAGAAACAAGCAGAAAAGAAAAAACAUGGCAACGAUCAGAAGGCUGCGGCUAAGGCUGCCCUGGUAUUCACCUGCCCUGUGUGCAGGACACAAAUGCCGGAUCCUAAAACAUUCAAGCAGCACUUUGAAAGUAAACACCCCAAGUCUCCAAUGCCCCCUGAGCUAGAAGAUGUGCAGGCAUAACGGAAUCUGGUGAUGUGUCUUCGCUGAUGAAUGUGCUGAAUAAAGUGGGCUUGGAAUCUUUGAGAGUGUCUCCCAUUUUUGGCUGCCACUAUCCCCUUCUCACCUUACCUGUCCUAAUGGAGCUAGUGAUGUGACAUUCUGGACUGUGUUUUCACAGCAACUACUAAUGUGUACUAUUUUAGAAUCUUACAUGGUUUUUUUUUUUGGUUUUUUUUCCCUCUAUCCACUAGUUUUUUGUGCAUGGGGUUUACUAUCGGAUGAGCAGCAGAGUUUUGGACAAAUACCACAACUAUUUUUGUAACAGUCUGAUGAGUUUAUUAGUAAAUUGUGAUGUUCUGACUAGGGUAAAAGUGGAGCUAUCUGAAUCUUUAAGCAGCUGUUCAGAGGCUACAGUAACAUCCAGUGUAAAACCUCUUAAAAGAAAGCCAAAUCUUGUGCAAAGCUCUGUAACCCAUGCUCUCUCUAUUGGACUUGCCCACCUUGUGGCUGCAUCUUUAUCUUGGAAGGUAAAGAUUUCCAGGCUGACCGUGGCCCUUAUUAACAAGCUGCCAGGUAUUUCCUAACACAUUCGUUUUUUCUUGCUGCCAGCUCCUCCAACACAAACAUGGAGCCCCACAGUAAAGGACAUUACAAUUUUAUUUAUAAGAAUAUCCAAUUAUCUCAAGGUGUAUACAAUGCAGUAUUUCAUUUUAGACAAAAUGGCAAGCAUCACUUGGAGUAGAUGCAUACAGUGCCGUUCUUACAUGGACAAAUGAAUGGUUCCAAGUGCACGCUGGCCCAAUUGCUUUUGAGUUACAGUUGCCCCUCACCCAUUAUGAAAGUGACUACUUAAUGUCUCAUUCCAUUUAAUGACCAAACCUUGUUCAUUUAUUUUUUUCCUAGUUCUAAUGCAUUUAUUGCUGUGUUGUUUAACCCUACAGACUUCGUGGUGAAAAAUGAUGCUACUAUAUAUGUAUCUCAUUUUGGAACUUUAUAUUGCCCUUAUCAUGCUUUUGCAGAAACUGUUUUAACUGGGAUUGUACCACUAAAGCAUCAGUACACCGUAUGCCCACUGGAACAUGUGGCUACCAGAAAAAAAAACUGGGGGUUACAGAAAAGGAAUUGUGCCAAAUGUGCUUUUGCUGUCCCCGGUGGCAUAACUUUGGAAAUUACAUACAGUUAUUGCAAGAGUUUCAGGAAUGAAAGGGUCACUGAAAUUUAGGUUUGUCAGGUCACCUCUGGCAUCUACCUGUUUUAUAUACCUAAAAAUAACCCUCCCUGAUACAAUAUUAAUCACAUAAUGAAUCUUUUUAACUUGUGCUAGGGAACAUCUCAGCCAGCAGUCUGUUUCAUGCUCCUGCCAUAAGGGCUGACUUCUCAGUUCUCCCCGUUAGAGAUUUUAAAGUCUUUCAGAUACAGAUGCAGUUAUAAAUAAGUUAUUUUGUGUAACUGCCAAAACAACCUUUCUGUAAUAAAAGCUUAAUUUGAAUUGUA